CUUUCUCCUUCACUCUCUUCCUCUAUUGAGUGUGCUAGGGGGCCGGCCGGCCUGCCCUCCACGUCGUCUCGUUCGAUCCGAGCCGAUGUCCUAUAGUAACCUCGGCCGUGACCUUUCCCCCGCUUCUCUCGGCGCAGGCCCCGUACUAGCUUGCCUGUCAGACUGUUCAGAAAACAUGGCCGCUUUCAGCAAGUCCAUUCCGCACAACUGCUACGAGAUCGGACACACCUGGAGUCCGUCGUGCACGCUGUCCUCGCUGCAGAUCACCGCGGGGGCCCUGGAGGCCUCUUUAAAGAUAUAUGCACCCCUGUACCUUAUAGCAGCAAUUCUUAGAAGACGCAACAAAGAGUACUAUUUGUAUAAACUAUUACCGGAGAUACUACAAUCCAGCUCCUUUCUCACCACAAAUGGAGGUUUAUAUAUUGCUUUCUUCUGUAUCUUAAGACGAUUACUAGGCAAGUUCUACGUCUGGUCUAGUGGCUUUGGAGCAGCUUUGCCAGCAUCGUAUUUAGCCAUUCUUAUUGAAAGAAAGAGCAGAAGGGGACUGCUAACUAUAUAUAUGGCAAACCUGGCCACUGAGACCAUAUUUAGAAUGGGAGUUGCAAGAGGAUCCAUUAAACCUAUCAAGCACGGGGAAGUGCUGUUGUUUUGCCUUACAGCCUCUCUUUAUAUGUUCUUCUUUAGACUUAAGCUUUCCCUGAGAGGGAACACAUGGUGCCCAUAUGCUAACGGCCUUCUUAGCAACCCACCUGCCACUGACAUCACAGCUGAGAAAUUCUUCAUCAAGUGCAAGGAUGGCCUCAAGGGAUUUGCAUUCUCAGCACUGAAAUUCAUAGUAGGGAAAGAGGAAAUUCCAACUCACUCAUUUCUAGCAGAAGCCCUAUACAGCAAAUCAUCUGAAAGGACCAGACUACCUUUAGCAAAAGCAGAGAGCGGGGAGCAGAAGAGCAGAGUUUCACUUGCUGCACUCACCAAGAAGCUUAUAGAUUCCAUAUGCAAGUGUGGACCACGACAUAGGUGCUGCAAACACUAUGAGGACAAUUGCAUCUCUUACUGUGUUAAAGGCUUCAUUCGCAUGUUCAGCAUUGGUUAUUUAAUCCAGUGUUGCUUAAGGAUCCCAUCCACAUUUCGACAUCUGUUUACCAAACCAUCACGACUCUUGUCUCUACUCUACAACAAGGAGAAUAUCCAGCUUGGAGCAUUCCUUGGAUCUUUUGUCAGCAUAUACAAGGGAACCAGCUGCUUGUUACGGUGGUUAAGAAAUUUGGAUGAUGAGCUUCACGCUUUGAUUGCGGGUUUCUUGGCUGGGGUCUCGAUGAUGUUUUACAAAAGCACCACUAUCUCCAUGUACCUGGCAUCUAAACUUGUUGAGACAAUGUAUUUUAAAGGGAUUGAAGCUGGAAAGUUUCCCUAUUUUCCAAAUGCUGACACCCUGAUCUACGCAGUUUCGACAGCCAUUUGUUUCCAAGCAGCCGUGAUGGAGGUUCAGAAUCUCCGACCUUCCUAUUGGAAAUUUCUACAGAGAUUAACAAAAGGCCGGUUUGCUCUGAUGAACAGAAAAGCCUUGGAUGCUUUUGGAACAAAAGCCUCACAGCAGUUUAAAGGCUUUAUACCAAGACUGGACCCUAGGUUCACCGUAGAAAAGCCGGAGCUUGAGAUCCACCUAGACCGCUGAAGACGCGUACGUUAAAACUGAGUAGUGCAGCCUCCAGCCUGAUGGGCUUCUGGGGGAUGGACUUGGCAGCCAGUGUUAUUUCAUGAAUAGGAAUCUCUGAAUGUUCAGAAAUGAGAGGGAGUGAUUGGGAUUUUAAUUAAGUUAACCUUCAGAGGGUUAGAAGAAAAAAACAAAACAAAAACUGUGAAUAAUGAAAAUGACAUAAUUAGCCAAGUGUAUUUUAAUUCAUUAGAACAGUUCCUAAAUAGAACAGUAAUUAAUCUGAGCACUUAUCUGUAGAAGAGAAUGAAGAAUAAUGUUGUCAUUUUUCAAGAGGUAGGAAUAUGUUUCAGAUCUAAAAAGCAAAUUUUUAGACAAACCACCAUAUCAUCUUCAGAAAAUGAAACACACGUUUACAACUUUGUCUUGGAUGUAUCAUUUUGUCAGGAAUGUACCUAAAGUUUUGAAAUGUCAGCCUCUUCACCUUGGAGUAUUUCCAGUGUAGCCUUGAGGAGAUGCGAGACUGAAUUGUACUGCAAUGUCAAAUGUGAAACAGUCAUUACCUGUGACUGCAGCUGCUCAAGCAUGACAGGGUUUUGGGAUUUUAUUUUACUGUACCCCAGAAACAAGAAAACUGACAAAAAGAAGGACAUUCAAUAUAUUCAAGUGUAUCAUUUUCAUUUUUAAACACAGCUGGGCUUGGUUUCCUUGGUACAAUGUGGGCAAGAAGACUGCCACAUAGGGAAAAUGUAAUUGUUAAAAAAAAUCUGAUAAUUUUAUAAUAAAACUGUAAAUCAGGA